CAAAGUCAAUUAAGCACCUCAUAACAUUGAUUUCUGCAAUAAAUUAAGGGGCAACAGCAGCCUCUUCAAUUCAAUUCUACCCCUCUACUACCACCAACUUGCAAAUUGCACUGCUACCCAGUCAGUCAAGUACUCAAGCCAAGCCACUGGUAGUAUAAAUCAAGCGCCGUCUUGUUCAUCUUCUUGGGAGCCUACCCAGUAGCUAGUACUAUACUGUAGCUUUCUUUCUUUCUUUCAAGGAAAAAAAGGAGUGGUACUAGUAGCUGGGAAUGAUGGAGGUGGUGGUGGAGAGCAAGAAGCCAUGGGACCAGUUCAAGGAGGAUGUGGAGAUCAUGGAGGAAGAAACUGCCGCCGGGACGCUGCUCACGAGGGAGACCAAGAAGAAGCUGCUUGACUUUGGUGCCAAUGGCAAUGGCGCCCAUGUCAACGGAGAAGAAGAAGAAGAGGAGGAGCUCAAGGCUGAGGAGGUUCUUGAAGCGGAGGACCAGCAGCAGCAGCAGCAGCACAAGAGCAUCUUCUUCGAUCCAACCAAAGGAUUAUGGAAGUGCCGGCACUGCGAUUGGACGUACUGCUUGACUAGCCCAUACGAAAACAAUACCCUGAAUCAUCGAGGGUAUCGCCACCAUAUUGAAUGGAAUCGCGAAUCGUUAGUUCACAACAAGUCGUUUUACGCCUCACAGAACAAAGUUCCUGAAAUAAUUACUGAAGCCAUGCGAUUUGGUGCUCAAAAUGAAGACGCAGAUGCAACUCCGACUCCAAAAGGGAAAGAGCUUGAAGCACAUGAAAAUGGCAAUGCUCAAGAAAUUAAUGACACUCCAAAUAACGGCAAGUUAGAAAAUGGAUCACACUCGAAUGGUUCCCAUCAAGUCUCCAAUGGCAGUGACACUAAGGCAGUGCACAUGUUUGAAAGGAUCGGAAGAUCUGAAAUUAAUCCAACUGAAGCUGAGAUUGAAGCACAUGAAAAUGGCACUGGCCAAGAAGUUAUUCACCCUCCAAACAACUACAAGUUAGAACAUGAAUCCUACUCUAGUGAUUCACACCAAGUCUCCAAUGGCAGUGAGACUAAGAUAGCAUACGUGUUUGAAACAAGAAGAGAGCAAAUUUAUCCAACUGAAGCUGACAAGGGUGAACAUGUCACUGAGGCUAAACCACACAUUGAAGAGUAUGAUCUCGAGAAGAUUAUAGAUCAACAAGAAACUCAUGACCUGUACUGUCCCAAUUGCAACUCGUGCAUAACUCGAAGGGUGAUUCUGAAGAAGAGGAAAAGGACACCAAGAAUACCAGAUGAACCAACAAAGAAACCGCAUACUGAAGAGCAGCCUUCUACUGCUGCACCUGAAAGGGAUGGCCAAGAAUCACCUGAAGUAUUCAGAUGUCUGUCAUGCUUCUCCUUCUUCAUUCCAACAGGAUGUGGUUUGAACAUAUUCCGUAUAUUUGGAGGGAGAGACUUGCACCAGCAAGCUGAUGUUCAGCAACCUUCUGCCCCAGAGCAGAUGCCUCAGUCUGAAAAUUGUGCAAGUUGGCUUCUUUCUUGUUUCCAGCCUGGAGACGGUCCAAACCAACCUUAUGCAGAUGCAGGUUCAGCAACGACACCACUGUUACCUGAUAAACAGAGCCUCAGUGGUACAAUCACAACAGCUGCAGCUAGCACAUCUGUGCAUAGUCAUGGUUCAAUUGGAAAACCAGAUCAGUCGACUGAAUCAUCUUCCCAGGUCCAAACCACCACUACAACCACAAUUACAACUACAACGGCAACAGAAAGCACGUCGUCUACAACCACAUCAGAAGCAGCUAGCUCAUCAUCUCACACGACGGCUGCUACAGGAUUCCUUCAGACAGAGGUAAUCGAAGCGAUGACUGGUCAAAUUCUUCCCCCAAAGCCUGCUGGUGUUGCCGUGACGGAUGCAACUCACCUAUCUGGUAAAGAAGGAACUGGAACAACAAUCUUUGAGAAUAGCUCCUUACCAAGCCCAGCAAUUCCUACAUCAGGUUUCAGAGAAAUCCCAGGUGUCAUCCCAAGGGGCGAUAAACUGAUUCCUCAAGCAGCAGAUCCACCUCGUCAUCUAGUGUUACCAGUCUCUGAUGCUCCCACAACUGAGAAUCAUCCACGUGUUCCUACAUCUGGACAAAGGGAUGAGUGGGAUAUACUGAAAUCCAUAGUGUAUGGAGGCUUAGUCGAAUCAGUUACGAGCCUCUCUAUUGUUUCAGCAGCAGCAGCAAGUGGUGCCAAAACAUUGGAUAUAUUCAUCUUGGGCAUAGCUAACCUAAUUGGUGGGAUUCCUCUCAUUUUUCACAAUAUCUCUGAUCUGAGAAACCUCGGAGAUGUGAAUGGCAACGAUGAGCAAGUUGGCCACUACUGGUUGCAGCUUGGAAGGCGAUCAAAGUUCCGGCUGCACAUGUUCCUAGCCUUGCUAUCAUACAUCAUGUUUGGGCUACUGCCACCAGUCCUCUACGGACUGUCAUUCCGCAAGAGUGACGACAGGGAGAACAAGAUGAUGACAGUAGCUGCUGCAUCCCUUGCAUGUGUUGCUCUGCUAGCACUCGGCAAGGCGCAUGUCAGCAGAUCCAGGACCUACUUCAAGACCCUCAUGUACUACCUGAUGAUCGUCGUCAGCGCCUCUGGGCUGUCGUACGUCGCCGGUGUACUGAUAACGAGGCUUCUGGUACACUUUGGGAUCAUUGAUCAAGGCGCGUCAGCUCCUCCUGCACCUCCAAGUCUGUCAUCGUCGUUCCCUUAUGCAGUGGGUGCAGAAACAUCUGCCUGGGCCUCAUUCUGAAGUCUGAAGUUCCUCCUGUAAUCUUGUUGGUGACAAAAAAGAAGACAUGCAUGAGUUCAAGAGAAUUUCCCGAAGAAACAACCGGCUUUUGAGUUGCUAGCUGUUAUUUUGUUGUAAUUUUGGAGUCAAUAAAGGUUGAUGCUUUUCACAGCAUUCUGGUGAUCUUCACCACUCAGCUUUAUCUGUACCGUACAGCAUUAUUUUCGAACAUCAAGUUUGGUAUUGUGCCCUUUUCUGUUGUCAAGUUCUGAUGUAAUGCAAUAAUUCAGAGGGAAGCGCA